UCAUCCCCCGUCCCCGUUGUCCACCCCCUUCCCCUUCCGUCCCCCGAAUCUCCACUCCCUGACCCUCCCGGCUCUCCCCAAACCCUCUCCCCUCCUCUUCUUCUCCAUCUUCUUCUUCUUCUCGUCCUUCUUCAAUUGGUCUCUGAGUGUUGGUGGAAUGGCCAGCCAUUCCCCGGCGGUUUUGCUGAAGUAAGCAACCAGACCAGCUGGUGCUGUGGUGGGAAGUUGUUGUGGUUGGCGGCGGCGGCGGCGAGAAGGAACGGACAGAGGGCCGACAAUGAGGUCGUCGGGGAUCUCGGACUGGAGGCCAGCGUCGAUAUGAGCGUCGAUGAUGUUUGCAGUCCAGCUGCGAGUGUUGGAAGGAGUUGGAGACAUUGUAGUGUGGGGAUUGAACCCAGUUGUGAUUGAAGGCUGAAGUUUGUGGAAGCUGGAGAGGAAAGGAGGUUGAAUCUGGGAGGAGAGGGGAUAUUAUAUACUUAUCAGAGGGGUCCCAGCUCGGAACGUUCCCAGGAUCACAAUGGGAGGACUCGAUAUCAUUGUUGGAGUUUUGUUCCUAUUGUGGUCCUUAGGGUGAGAGGGGAUUUGGUCACAGAUAGGGGUGUUGAUAGCUAAGCGAGAGGGGCUAGAAUUUCUCCCACGAAAACUCUCCCAGAAACUACACACUUUCUUGGAGGUCAAAACGUGGUUAAUCAGAGGCAUUGGAAAGCUG